AUGGCGAAUGCAGGUGCCACCUGCAGGUGCUACUCAGCCACCUUCUCAGGCAUGUGGCUGUACUCCCUGCUCCUUGCCAUCAUGGAGUCCUUCUCUGGGGUGUCACUUUCUAAGCCAACAAGCUGGGGAUCAGCAGGGAAGAGGCUCUGCUUUGAACAGCCUGGGGAUGUGGUGGUUGGAGGCACCUUCGCCAUCUUCUACUUUGAUGAAGUCUCCCUGCUCAAGUUUACUUCUCCACCAGCUGCCUUGGCAUCCUCAAACCUUAACAUAUGGGGCUACCUGGUGUCCCAGGGCUUGGUCUUUGCCACUGAGGAGAUCAACAGAGACUCCCGCCUGCUGCCCAACCUCACACUGGGCUUCUCCAUCUGGAACUCCGGGGACUUGGUGUCUGGAGCCCUCCACGAGGCCAUGGCCUUCCUCACGGGCCAGGAGGAACCCAUCCCCAACUACACGUGUCAGGCCAGCCCUCCCCGAGUUGCCCUGGUCAGAGACACACGGUCUGCCGUGUCCAUCCCCUUGGCCAGGUUGCUGGGGCUCCACAAAUUCCCCCAGGUCAGCUACGCUUCCACUCUGGCUGGCCUCAGCGACAAGACCCAGUUCCCGUCCUUCAUGCGGACAGUGGCCAGUGACCUCACGAGCUCCCACAUGGUGGCCCAGCUGGUGCUCCACUUCGGACACUCCUGAGUGGGCAUUCUGGCCCAGGAUGAUAACUAUGGCCAGCAGGGCAGUGCUCUAGCGACCCAGGAACUGGUUCAGGCCCACGUAUGUAUUGAGUUCAACCUCCAUGUCCCUUCCCAAGAGUCCCUGGAGAAGACCCGUGCCAUCGUCCACAGAAUGAAAGCCUGCACUGCAAAGGCCAUUCUGGUCUUCCUGAGUAAUAAAAAUUUCCAACUUGUUCUGCAGGGGCUGUUGGGAAGUGGGGUUGUGGGCCGGAUAUGGGUCAGCCAGGACACACUGCACAGCAUGCUGGCCCUGGCAAUCCCAGGCAUCUCCCAGGUCCUACAGAGCUCCUUCGGCCUUAAGCUGCUGCACCACCGCCAGGUCCCCGGCUUCCUGGAAUUCCUCGCUCACCUACACCCUGCCUGGACACCAGAAGACAUACUCACCCAGAGGUUCUGGGAGGUCACCUUUGGAUGGACAUGGCCCUACAGGAGCCCAGGGCCAGCAGAGAACAGUACAGCUGCAGGAGGGGUCCGAUUCUGCUCAGGGAAUGAGAGUCUAACAGGCCACAAGUACCCUUUCCAGAAUGUGAGUAACUUGCACCCCACAUACCCAGCAGUCUACUGUGUUGCCCACGCUCUGCAGGACCUGAUCACCUGUGAGCAUGAUGAUGGGCGAUGUGUAGACUCUCGACGCUUUCAGCCCUGGCAGUAAGAGGGAAAAAUUCUGCAUCACCUCAGGAAGGUGCAUUUCAAGACCCCUGAUGGGAAAGAUAUCAUUUUUGAUGCCAAUGGAGAUAUAGUUACAGAAUUUGACAUUCUCCAAGGGCAGAAAACCCCUGAGGACUUAUUCCACUUUGUCCACAUCGGCACCACUGACCAUAGAUCCUCUUCAGGGGACAGAGUGACCAUCCACUGGACAAAGGAAGAGCCGCAGGUCCCUUGCUCUGUUUGCAGCACCAGUUGCACUCCAGACUUCAGCCAGAUCCCCCAACAGGGUGCCCCCAACUCUUGUUUCGAGUGCAGACCCUGCCCCGAGGGGCAAUUUGCAAACCAGACAGACAUGAAGUGGUGUCUUCUCUGCCCUAUGGACCAGUACUCCAGCCAUGCCAGAGACCACUGCCUCCCCAGGACUGAGAAUUUCCUGGCCUUUGAUGAGCCCCUGAGGCUCAUGCUGACCUCAGCAGCACUCACACUAGCUACCCUGGCAUUGUUGGUCCUGGUGGUAUUCCUGAAAUACCAGGACACACCUGUCGUCAGGGCCAACAACAGGGCUCUCAGCUACACGCUCCUGGCCUCUCUUGCUCUUUGUGCCAUCUGCCCCUUGCUCUUCCUUGGCCGUCCCACCGUUGCCACCUGCCUCCUCCGCCAGACCACUUUUGCCGUCGUGUUCACCAUGGCCGUCUCUUCCGUCCUGGCUAAAACCACUGUGGCCCUGGCCUUCAGGGUCACCAGGCCAGGGGGCAGGGUGUGGGUGUGCCUGGGACCUGGCAUUUCCACCUCUGUCAUCCUUGUAGCCUCCUUGGUCCAAGUAAUUCUCUGUGGGAUCUGGCUGGGUACCUCCCCACCAUUCCCGCACAGGGACAUGGCCUCCGAGCCCAGCCACGUCAUUGUCCAGUGCCAUGAGGGCUCCAGAGCCGCCUUCUCCUAUGUGCUGGGCUACUUGGGCCUCCUGGCUGGGGGCACCUUCUCAGUGGCCUUCUUUGCCAGGGAUCUUCCUGAUGCCUUCAACAAGACCAAGUUCCUCACCUUCAGCAUGCUGCUCUUUUGCAGCAUCUGGGUGGCCUUCCUGCCCCUCUACCACAGUGCCCACGGCAAGGCCACCGUGGCUGUGGAGAUUUUCUCCAUCCUGGCCUCCACCGCGGGGCUGCUGUGCGGUACCUUCCUGCCCAAGUGCUACAUCAUCCUGCUGAGGCCUGAGUGGAACACCCCGGCCCACCUGAGGAAUAGAUUCUAGGCUCGGCAGGACAGGCAGAGUGAGGAGCUCCAUGGCAGGAGUCUUUAA